GGAAGCUGCAGAAGGUUCCUUUUGCACGGAGAUCCCGCCUUUACCCGAAGUUUAGCACACGUCUACGUCGGUAUGUCUUCUAUGUGUGUGCUGCGGACGCGCUGCUUCCUCCGGCAGCUCCUCCCCGGCCUUCCCGCCAUCAUGAAGAGGCACUACAGCUUGGAUGUCUCUGCUCCGCUGCUCCGGACGCAGGGCUACGUGGACGGCCGCUGGGUCUCCGCAGCCUCGCUGUUCCCGGUCCUGGACCCGGCCACCGGGCAGGAGAUAGCCCGGGUGUCAGACUGUGGCCCGGCUGAGGCCAAGCAGGCCGUGGAAGCUGCUCACAAGGCGUUUCACACCUGGAGGCAGUGCACAGCUAAGGAGAGGAGCCUCCUGCUGAGGAAGUGGUUCGAGCUCCUGACGCUGCACAAAGAAGACCUGGCCAGACUGAUCACGUUCGAAUGUGGUAAGCCCAUGCGGGAGUCUCUUGGGGAGAUCACAUACUCGGCAUCCUUUCUCGAGUGGUUCUCGGAGGAGGCUCGGCGAGUUUAUGGCGACAUUGUCCCUUCACCUGUCAAAGACCGAAAGAUCCUUCUACUUAAACAGCCCGUGGGCUGUAUCUGGUUUCAUGUUGUUUUGCAGUGGAACUUUCCCAGUGCCAUGAUCACCAGGAAGGUUGGAGCUGCUCUGGCCGCCGGCUGCACGGUGGUUAUUAAACCGGCAGAGGACACGCCGCUGUCGGCGCUCGCCCUGGCUGAGCUGGCGGAGCAGGCAGGGAUCCCGGCGGGGGUGUUUAAUGUGGUGCCUUGCUCUAGGGAGAAGACUCCGUCGGUUGGGGAGGUCCUCUGUACCGACCCCCUGGUGGCCAAAAUCUCCUUUACCGGCUCCACUGCCACGGGCAAGGUGCUGCUAAAACUGGCUGCUGACACUGUGAAGAAGGCCUCCAUGGAGCUGGGUGGUCAUGCGCCCUUCAUUGUGUUCGACAGCACUGAUGUGGACAAGGCUGUGGCCGGAGCCAUGGCCUCAAAGUUCAGAAAUGCUGGGCAGACGUGUGUGUGUUCAAACCGGUUUCUGGUUCAGAGCGGUAUCUACGAUCGCUUCGUGGAGAAGUUGGGCCAAGCGAUGGAUGCUGAGCUUCGCCUGGGUCAUGGCUCAGAGCCUAACACCACCCAGGGGCCGCUCAUCAACACCAGAGCUGCAGAGAAGGUGAUGCACCAGAUAUCAGAUGCAGUGUCCCGGGGAGCGAAGCUGCUGAAGGGCGGGAAGCGCCUGCACGGGUCCUUCAUGGAGCCGACUCUGCUGGCCGACGUCACCACAGACAUGUUGUGUAUGAAGGAGGAAACCUUCGGCCCGCUGGUACCCAUCCUCAGGUUUAACACAGAAGAAGAGGCUCUGGACAUCGCUAACGCGGCUAAUGUUGGGCUGGCAGGUUACUUCUACUCGCAGGAUGUGAGUCAGAUCUGGCGGGUGGCGGAGGCGUUGGAGGUGGGGCUAGUCGGAGUCAACGAGGGCCUGCUAUCUACUCCAGAGGCCCCAUUUGGUGGUGUCAAAGAGUCAGGUGUGGGCCGUGAGGGCUCCAAGUACGGCAUCGAUGAGUACCUGGAAGUCAAGUACAUGUGCUUCGGAGGCCUCAAACCCUGAACCAGGAUGGGGCCACGCCCCCAUCCAGUGGUACAGCGCUUGAACAAAUGCACUGGUCAUUGAAUGCAGCUAAAGCUAAUGUUAACGACAAGACCACAAAUCACCUCUUAUAAUUAGAAAAGAGCUAUGGUCUGUAGUACAGAGGGCUUAUUUCUGGUGGUUAAAAUAUAAACUGACAAAUUGGAGUUUGUGAGAAUUUAUAUAGGAACCAGUUCAAAUAAUUAAUCACAUAUCUGAAGCGUCUGUCUGAUCUGGAAUUCCUAUGUUAAAUGGGUUUAUUUCCAAAAGCUGUCAGCGGGGCAGUGUUUUCUGUUGCCUGAUCAAAAUGAACAGGUUGUUUUUAGAAUAAGAAAAAAUAUUGCAGACAGUAAUUAUUGCUGGAGAGCAUUGGUUAUAACCGCAUUUUGUAUUUUUGUCUAAAUCUUUAAUUGAGGUACUGAAAUAUGUUCAUAGUUGGUCGUAAUAUAUUUUUAUGAAAUGCAAACCACAUUUUUCUAAUCAGUCUGUUUGGAUGCUCGCUUCUGAUUGGCUCGACGGUUUAACGCCAGUAUGAAAAUAAUUGAACCAGCAACCCAAAGUUAGAUUUACACUUUAUUGUUCACACGUUCAAACAAUAUUUACUUGUACAAGAAAAAAAAUAUUUGUCAGUGGUGACUAACUCAUCUUGGAUACAUCCCUAAAUCCAGUGAAGUGAACAACGCAGGCGCUAACGUUAAAACAAAUUGUAUCGUACUAUUGCCUAGGAGCAGCAGAUCCUGUCACCAUGGUAAAAAAAAAA